GUCAGAUCAAUUUUUAAUUAAACAUUUAUAAUAAAUUUGGUAUACAAUCGUAAAGAGAAACACUAAUUCGGCUUCAGUGGUGCACCAAAGUGUUAUUUGCAACGCUCUGAAGUAAUCCAUCGAUUGACAACAUUGAGGUUAUGUCGCCCAAUCAAUUUUCAGGUUGACAAUGUGCCCAUAUUUUACCACAUCAACGUCCCCCAUGAUAAACCACCAACAACCCCCUUCAUCAUUACGUUUCAACUGCGAAACUGCUUCUAUUGAAACGUACCAUUGCAAAGACUGCAAUUUCCAAACCCAGCUAACCCUUCUUUUGAAACAACACAUCGCAAACCAUGAGAAAUUCACCAUCCGCAACUACGUUUGUGACAAGUGUGCUUUCGAGACGCAUUUUUCCGUCAAGUGGCUCCAACACAGCAUAGCGUGUUUUAAAAGCCACAACAGCGUUAAGUGGCACCAGUGUAAAGCUUGUCCGUAUAAAGCUAAAGCCAAAGCAAACUUAAAAGAACACGUCAUUUCAAAACACCUGCGUGAUCAAGAUAUAAAUUGGCAUCACUGUGGAGAGUGUCCAUACAAAGCUAAGUUAAAGCGAAACUUGCUAAGCCACAUAAAGGGGCGCCAUAUGGAUGAUAAUCGCAUCGCGUGGCAUCACUGCACUCGCUGUCCAUACAAAGCUAAACACGGUUCAACUCUACGUUGGCACGUAGCUUCACACCAUGUGGAUGCGCCUGAUAUUAAAUGGUUUCAGUGCCGGGAGUGUCCGUACAAAACUAGACACAGUUUUCUCUUGACGAGUCACACGAACGCGCGCCAUUUGGAUGCCAAAGACGUUAAAUGGCACCACUGCGACCAGUGUGCUUUCAAGAGCAAGGACGGUUCGGGUUUGAGGAGACACACGACGGCGUACCAUGUGGACGCGCAGCGCAUUAAAUGGUUCGAGUGUGAAAUGUGUCCAUACAAAGCUAAACAAAAUUCGCACUUGAAAACGCACGUAGCGGGACACCAUUUAGACGAUUAUGAUAUUAAAUGGUACGAAUGCGAGAAGUGUCCCUAUAAAGCUAAAUUAAAAACGAAUUUAAAGCAUCACGUGAUUACGCGACACUUGGAUGAGGAGAGUAUUAAAUGGUAUGAGUGCAAAAAGUGUCCAUAUAGGGCUAAAUUGAAGCGAAAUUUACACAAUCAUGUGAAUUCGCGACAUACGGACCACAGACAUGUGAAGUGGUAUAAGUGCAAAAAGUGUAAUUAUAAAACUAAGUUUAAACAAAGUUUGGGGAAUCAUAUAAAUGCUCAGCAUUUGGAUGAAGGGGAUGUUAAAUGGUACCAGUGUAAAGAAUGUACACAUAAAACCAAAGAUAGUUCGAAUUUGAGGAAGCAUAUAAUUGCGCGGCACUCCGACGAGGGGAAGAUUAAAUGGUACGCGUGCCAGAUUUGUUCGCAUAGAAGUAAGCAAAGCACCGACUUGAAGAAACACAUGGUUGCGUGCCAUUUGGACGAGAAGGAUAUUGAAUGGUUUAAGUGCAAGAAGUGCCAGUAUAAGGCGAAGCGCAAAUUUCAUUUAAAAAAACACGUGGAGACGUGGCACUCGAGUGGUCGGGAUUAAUACCAAGACAAAUUUGUUUGUUUUUCCACAGUACGUCAGAAUUAAUUGUUCAUAACCUCACUAAUUUUGACACUAGUGGAGAAAAAUAAACCAUCUUUUCGUC